AUGCACAUUGAUAUGAUCUUCAACAAUGAACCACAUAGCGUGCAAUUCAGCUAUAAUCCGUUCUCUACUAUGGCUUCACUAGAAUCGAAAUUGUUAGAUGGAAGAAACGUAGGCUACUGCAGCAGCUCAGAUGAGGAGGAUGGUGACUGGCAAGUGGCAAACGACGAAGACGAGCACCAAAGCAACGUGAUGCGUCGUUUGGGACCAAGUUCAAACACGGGAGCCAAAGGUGUACUGCGUGAAUUCGCCGCUCAGAAAGAAGCAGCGAAUAGGAAUAAACAAGCAAAAUUGAGAGAGUUGUCAGAGUUGUCAAAAAAGGGAAUGCUUGAGAUGUCCAAAGAAGAGCGUGAACAAGUUGGUUUCUUACAUAAUCAUGCUCAAGCAGAAGAUAGCUUAGAAAAUCUCCGGCAACGUCGACUCAUGGAGCUGAGAAAAGCGGCAGCAGGGAAAAUUGUGGAGAUUAUGGAUAAGGACCAGUUUACGAAAGCGAUUGAUACAUGUGAGAAUAUGCUCUGCGUUCUGCUCUAUGAGCCGGAGGAUGAGAUGUGUCAAAAGAUGACCCAUAUCUGUAAGCUACUGGCCGCAGACUUCCCUCGCGUUAAGUUCGUCCGAGCCAAAAGUACGCUUCUACGAAUGAGCAAGGCCUUU